ACUGAUUUUCUACAUUCAGCAAAUAAAUACCAAAACUUCUGCUAUUAUACUCGUCUCACCCAACGGGUGUAAUAGUAAAAAAAUUACCAACUGAAGUAAAUGAAGAACACAACACAAUAAAUACAGACAGCAGUGGGAUUCGAACCUACUUUUCUUGUUAUUACAAGAAAUAUCGUAAAGGAAAUCGAAACAAUGCCUCGAUUUGUGUUGUAAUAAAAUGAGCGCGAUCUUUAAUAUAGAUUAUCUAUUUAGUAAUUAAUAUCCAUAUACAUAAAAAGUAAAUGAACGAUGAACAGUAAUAACAUCAUGAAAGCUAAUAUUUGGUUUUGGUUUAAUCUAAAAAGUAUCGGGAAAUAUUUACGACAGUCGGAAACCGAAACAUCAAGCACUUGCUGUGGUUUAAACAUCCAGGUUCGGGGAAUAUCAGAUGACAUUGGCCCAAGAGAGAUUGUUUUACGUCGGAGCCAUCGAUAUUUAUCAUUUUUAAGACUCGGAACAACUCCCAUACACAACAGAUAUAAAUCUUCAGCUGAAUUACUGUGAAUUAUUUGCACUGUGGUUCUUAGUAAAAUUUCCCCACUUCACUAUAUAUAAUAGGAUGAUUGUGGAUUCUAGAUAAACUUAAAUUAAAAAAGAGUUUGCAGCCUCUACAAACAUUGACAGAGACAAUGUUUAUGGAAGUAUAGCACACAAGAAAUAUUUUUCAGGAAGAGAGUAUAAAAAUUGAAAGAAAAAUUAUGGAAAAUGAAUUGUGUGAGAAGAAAAUUAAAUGUGAAACACAGUCUAAAAGGAUUCCUGAUCCCGGUGAUGGAAAGAAAGAGAAAGUAAAAAUGUUAUAUGACUGUGAUAUCUGUAAAAAGACAUUCUCUCAAAAAGGUAACCUAAAUACUCACAAACGUAUUCAUACAGGAGAGAAACCAUAUCACUGUGAUGUCUGUGGUAAAUCCUUCUCUGUAAGUAGUCAUUUAACUAAACACAAACGUAUUCAUACAGGAGAGAGGCCAUAUCUUUGCGAUGUGUGUGGUAAAUCCUUCACUGGAAGUAGUGAUUUAACGACCCACAAACGCAUUCAUACAGGAGAAAAGCCAUAUCAUUGUGACAUCUGUGGUAAGUCAUUCUCUGGAAGUAGUUACUUAACGACUCACAAACGUAUUCAUACAGGAGAGAAGCCAUUUUGCUGUGAUGUUUGCGGUAAAUCUUUCCCUAAGAAUUGCACAUUAACAAGACACAAACGCACCCAUACAGGAGAGAAGCCAUAUCAGUGUGAUAUCUGUGGUAAAUCAUUCUCUCAAAAUGGUGAAUUAACUGCUCACAAACUUAUUCAUACAGGAGAGAAACCAUAUCAGUGUGAUAUUUGUGAUAAAGCAUUCUCUCAAAAUGGGGAAUUAACUACUCACAAGCGUAUUCAUACUGGAGAGAAACCAUAUACCUGUGAUGUCUGUGGUAAAUCUUUCUCUGUAAGCAGUCACUUAACUAAACACAUACGUGUUCAUACAGGAGAGAGACCACAUCACUGUGAUAUUUGUGGCAAAUCCUUCUCUCAAAAAAGGCACUUAACUACGCAUAUAGGUAUUCAUACAGAAAAAUAUCACUGUGAUAUCUGUGGUAAAUCAUUCUCUCAGAGCAGUCACUUAGCAACACACAAACAUAUUCAUACAGGAGAUAAACCAUAUCAUUGUGAUAUCUGUGGUAAAUUAUUCUCUCAAAAUAGUCACUUAACUACUCACAAACGUAGUCACACAGGAGAUAAACCAUAUCACUGUAAUAUUUGUAGUAAAUCAUUCCCUCAAAAUAGUGACUUAAUUACUCACAAACGUAUUCAUUCAGGAGAGAAACCAUUUCCAUGUGAUAUCUGUGGUAAAUCAUUCUCUCAGAAAGGUCACCGCAUUACUCACAUGCAAUUUCAUACAGGAGAGAAAACAUAUCACUGUGAAGUCUGUGGGAAAACAUUCUCAGGGAUUAGUUACUUCACUACUCAUAAACGUAUUCAUACAGGAUGGACACCAUAUCACUGUGAUAUCUGUGGUAAAUUAUUCGCUCAGAACAGUCACUUCAUUACUCACAAACGUAGUCACACAGGAGAUAAACCAUAUCACUGUGAUAUUUGUGGUAAAUCAUUCCCUCAAAAUGGUGACUUAACUACUCACAAACGUAUUCAUUCGGGAGAGAAACCAUUUCCCUGUGAUAUUUGUGGUAAAUCAUUCUCUCAAAAAGGUAACCUCAUUACUCACAAGCACACUCAUACAGGAGAUAAACCAUAUCACUGUGAUACCUGUGGUAAAUCAUUCUCUCAGAAAAGUCACUUAAUCACUCACAAACGUAGUCACACAAGAGAGAAACCACAUCAUUGAAAUUUGUGGUAAAUCAUUCCCUUGAGAAUGGUGACUUAGCUACUGACAAACGUUUAUACUGAGGAGAGAAGGCAUACCUCUGUGACACACGUAACCCAGUCACUCAAAAUACUUACUUAUCUAGCCAUGUAUGUAUUUAUGCAAAAAAAUUACUUCAUUAGUGAUGAAAUGUGACUUGCGGUGAAUAAAUUUCAGUUUAUGAAAUACUUGAUUUUUGUCAAUUAAAUUAACGUUUACAUUUUCCAGUUUGUUCAUGAAUUUGUGAGUUUCAGAUGCUCAGAAAAUUACUCUAUUAACCAACAAACAAAAAAGAUUGAUUUGUUCAAUGAAAUUCUGUGCUGGAGUGGCUGUGUGGUAAGUAGCUUGCUAACCAACCACAUGGUUC